AUGAAGCCAGUAAAGGUCAAGCCCCAUGCUGUUUGUGUUCCGUUGCCGGCUCAAGGCCACAUAAACCCUAUGCUCAAACUGGCAAAACUCCUCCAUUUUAGAGGCUUCCAUAUCACCUUUGUCCACACGGAGUUCAACUAUCAGCGCCUGGUGAGUUCGAGAGGCCCAGAAUCUGUCAAAGGAUUGAACGACUUCAGAUUCGAGAGCAUCCCUGACGGAUUGCCACCGGACAACAAGCGAGGCAUACUAGAUCUUCCGGCACUAUGUAGAUCGAUGCCAAGGAAUUGUGUAGUUCCAUUCCACAAUCUAGUAAGGAUGCUCAAUAGCUCACCAGAUAUGCCUCCUGUCACCUGUAUCAUAUCAGAUGGGGUCAUGAGCUUCACUUUACAGGUUGCUCAAGACUUGGGCAUUCCUGAGUUAGUCUUCUUUACACCAAGCGCAUGUGGUUUCUUGUGUUACUUAUAUUAUGARCAGCUCAUGGAAAGAGGCUACUUCCCACUGAAAG